GAGGAUAGCCUCUGGGAAGGCGGUGGUGGCGGUUGUGCCUCUGUGGUUGACGAUGGCCGCAUUCCCCGGCUUGAGCGCCUCGGCGCGGUCUUUCGGUGGCGGCGAGCGUUGCUCGGUGCACUGGUUCCGCCGGGGCCUGAGGCUCCACGACAACCCUGCGUUGCAGGCGGCCGUCCGGGAUGGCGGCUCGGUGCGGUGCAUCUAUAUCUUGGACCCCUGGUUCGCGGCCUCCUCCGCCGUGGGCAUGAACCGCUGGAGGUUCUUGCUCCAAUCCUUGGAAGACUUGGACAACAGUUUAAGGAAACUCAACUCCCGCUUAUUUGUAGUACGAGGUCAACCCACUGAUGUUUUUCCAAGGCUCUUUAAAGAAUGGGGGGUGACUCGCCUUACCUUUGAAUAUGACUCUGAACCAUUUGGGAAAGAAAGAGAUGCUGCUAUAGUGAAGUUGGCAAAAGAAGCUGGUGUGGAAGUGGUGACAGAGAAUUCUCAUACCCUUUAUGACUUGGACAGGAUAAUUGAACUGAAUGGACACAAGCCUCCUCUUACGUAUAAGCGUUUCCAAGCCAUCAUUAGUCGUAUGGAACUGCCCAAGAAGCCAGUUGCUGCCAUAACAAGCAAUCAAAUGGAAAAAUGCAAGACUGAGAUUCAAGAAAAUCAUGACGACACAUACGGGGUUCCGUCCCUGGAGGAGCUGGGUUUCUCCACUGAUGGGCUUGCCCCUGCUGUUUGGCAGGGAGGGGAAACUGAAGCCUUAACUCGUCUGGAUAAGCAUCUGGAAAGAAAGGCAUGGGUUGCAAAUUAUGAAAGGCCAAGGAUGAAUGCCAACUCAUUGCUGGCAAGCCCAACCGGGGUCAGUCCCUAUCUUCGGUUUGGUUGCUUAUCCUGCCGCUUGUUCUAUUACCGUCUCUUGGAACUAUACAAAAAGGUGAAGCGGAACAGUACUCCUCCGCUAUCGCUGUAUGGCCAAUUGCUUUGGAGAGAAUUUUUCUAUACAGCUGCAACAAACAAUCCCAAAUUUGACCGUAUGGAUGGAAACCCAAUUUGCAUCCAGAUCCCAUGGGACAAGAAUCCUGAAGCCUUGGCAAAAUGGGCAGAAGGCAAGACAGGAUUCCCCUGGAUUGAUGCCAUCAUGACACAAUUGAGACAGGAGGGUUGGAUUCAUCAUCUGGCCCGGCAUGCUGUAGCUUGCUUUCUGACAAGAGGUGAUCUGUGGAUCAGCUGGGAGUCUGGAGUGAAGGUGUUUGAUGAGCUGCUGCUGGAUGCAGAUUUCAGUGUGAAUUCAGGCAGCUGGAUGUGGCUUUCCUGCAGUGCUUUCUUCCAACAGUUCUUCCACUGCUAUUGCCCUGUUGGCUUUGGACGUCGUACAGAUCCUAGUGGUGACUUUGUAAGACGAUAUCUGCCAAAGCUGAAAGGCUUUCCUUCACGCUAUAUCUAUGAGCCCUGGAAUGCCCCUGAGUCAGUGCAGAAGGCAGCAAAAUGUAUCAUUGGGGUAGACUAUCCCAAACCCAUGGUGAAUCAUGCAGAAACCAGUCGACUGAACAUCGAGCGCAUGAAACAGAUUUACCAGCAACUAUCACGCUACCGAGGCCUCUGUUUGUUGGCCUCUGUCCCUUCCUGCAUGGAAGACUUCAACAGCCCAGUCACAGACCCUUCUGUGGGACAGGGAAACAGUACUAAUACAAUGCCAAGACAGUCUCUCCUGGGCCAUACUUCUCCAAAACGAAAGCAUGAGGUUGUAAGUGAAUACAGUGGAGAGUUGUACAAACGAGCUAGGGUAACAGCUCUGCAAAUUUCACAGAAUCCACAGCAAGAACUUGAGAAUCCUGAAAUAGGAGAUUGACAAGGCAACAACCAGAUAAUGGAAUGGCCACUGCAGUAGCAGAGAGGUGUUGCUACCUGAAGGAUCAUAAUGUUGACCAACUUCAUCUGUCAAGUGUCUGUAUGAAUGUGUAACCAACAUGACCGCCACAAAGGAUUCUGCAACUCCAGUGCAGGAUGCAGUGAGCAAGGUUCAUCAGUAAACAGCAGCCCAGGGAACAAAUAUCUGGCUUUCCUGAGAUACAUUUGGAUUCUGCUAAGACAAGACAUUGGAAUGAAAUGUGCUUAUUCCAUAGUAUAUUCCAUUUACCUCAUGUACUGUUCCACUUGUUGCUCCAUUUAGAGCAUCAUUUACUAAGUGUUCUCUCUCUGCUGUUAAUUAGCAGGUAGUGAGAUGAGCCAUGCAAAAUAUGUCAUGGUGCUCACCAUGGGUCCACAUGCUGCUGCACCUGUUAAAACACUCCAAAUAGAGAGUCUCUUGAAAUUCAGACAGGAGAAGCAUCAUGCAUUGGAGUACUUGGAGGAAAAUGAGUGAUUCUAAGGUGGCUGCAUAAUAAUGACCAUUUUUUCCCAGAUGGUAGUAAGGUUGGUGGAGGGUCAGAGUGGAAAUAAUUAUUUUGUUAGUCCAGAGAGGCCACUAUAGCUUUUUUUACCACAUGUUAACUAUUAAUAGAUUCUGAGGUAUUCUUGCUAUUUGAUCAUUUGCCUGUGGGCAGGGCUAUAUCUGCUUUUCAGCAGGAACAACAAAAAUGCUGCAGAAUAGAACUGCCACAGAAUUUGGCUACCAUAAAAUUGCCUCUGCUUUUUUAAGACAAAAAAGAGUGCUUUAAAUGUAUUCAUUAUAUCUUAUGAAAUUUCAGAAACCAGAGCAGUUGUUGAAUAAGAUUUCCUGUGAUCAAAAGGUGUGGCUUUAGUGCCAUAUGUAGCUCCUUCCUCCUCCCAAGACUAGCAGAAGCAAAAUAAAUUGUGCAGAAUAAGAGAGAGUACAUAAAUAUAACUUGAUUUGCAACCUCUCUGUUUUUCCAGAAUUUGGAUUAUUAGGCAAAGAAGGUUGGUGGAAACUACAGGAUGCAGUGAAUUUGCAUCUUUAACUAUUCCUAGAGUAUGUGGCUACAAAAUUGCUUGAUGGCCUGCUCUUCUACAAGUGUACUCCCCAAAGAGAAAGAACUGUUUCCAGUUGAGGAAAGGCCUAUCUGUUCAUCGCUGCCUGGAAUCCCCCCCCCCUUUUACUACAGGAAGCUCCUGACAUGGAUUGAACUAGAUCCAUUGUAAUGACUUGGGGGGUGGGGGGAGGUGUGUCACUUGGAUUUAGUAAGGCCAACAGAUCUUUCCUGUCUAUAGACUUUUUUCAGCACUUCUCUUGUUCUGUUUUCCCAACUAUAGGAUGCAGUGAAUUUGCACCUUUAACUGUUCCUAGAGUAUGUGUCUGAGACUGUGUGCUUCUCUUUAAUCUUACUCAGAAUUUGGAAUUCUAAAAAGACAUCUUCAUAGUUCCUUCAGAUUAUUGGACAUGUGGCCAUCAUUUGAUUUCAGUGUGGUCUUGGCAGGGUUGCUGGCCCACUUCCUGCAUCACACCAAUGGGAAAUGCCAUAUUUUCUAAGACUCUGGGAAGACUGUUCUAUGUAGCUGUUAUCAUGUAGUGAAAUGAACUACCCAGAAUAAUAUUUUUUGCUUUAUAAAAUACUUUGGUUGUGUUAGCAGAUUCCAAGAAGCUAGUCACAGAUGCAGUAUGUAGAGCUAGAAAAUUGCUUGAUGGCCUUCUCCAUUGUAAUGGGAACACAGACUUUUACCUGAAUUAGGGGUCUGGGCUUUGGAUUUGAGAACACUGGUAAGGGGGAAAUGGACUUGAUGACACCUGAAGCUAUGCAUUCAUGGGGAAAGUCAUGCAGUUUUAUAAGCUAUAUCACUAUAAUUUGGUCAUAUGUUGAGAACUAGUAACUUUUCCCUGAAAGGAAUGCUGCUCUGUUGGUCCACUUUCCAAACUACUAUGACUAAUCCUCUCUAAAGAAAGCUAAAUAAUCCUUUUUAUCUAAUGUUUUGUCACCUUGUAAAUAUUUAACGUCAUAUGGUAGAGGGCAUGAGAAGAAUUCAGCUCUGUUCUGUAUUGCAGAGUAGGAAACAAACGCACUUACUACAGUUCAGAUUCAGAAACUGUGACUUUUCUUCCUUGAAAUGUUUUCCAGCUUUGGCUAUUGUUGUGUUUAACUAUUAAUUUGUUUUAUAAAUGUUUUUAUCACCCUAUUUGUUGUAUCUCAGGUAAUUGAUGAGAAGUCCAGCAUAUCCAAAUGGAUUACUGUGUACAUAUGACUCUUUCACUAGAAAAUCUCUAGAUCUGAAAAUGGACAGCAGUUCUAGAAAAACAUACACUUUGCCAUAUUUAAAGAACAUCUUAAACAUAUCAGAUUACAGGUUUUGCCCUUAAUUAGCACUGUAGCAGAAAACAAACUUACAGUGAAAUCCUAAGAAGAGGAACUCUAGUCUAAGCCCAUUGAGUAACUCUGCUUAGGAUGCAAAAAAGGAAAAAGUCCAGUAGCACCUUUAAGGCUUACCAACUUUAUUGAGGCAUAAGCUUUUGAGAACCACAGCUCUCUUCAUCAGAUGCAAGCUCUCUUCGUCAGUCUGCUUAGGAUUUCACUGUUGUGCAGGAAAAAUAAUUAAAUUGAGGACUAGGAUGUUAUAAGAAGAGAAUAUGUACCAAUUACAUGGGAUAAGGCUCAAUAAUGGAAAAAAUAUAUUAUCUGAUGAAGGGAGCCUUGACUCUUGAAAGCUUAUGCCCUGAAAGUUUUGUUAGUCUUUAAGGUCCUACCAGACUCAAAUCUUGCUGUUCAACCGCAUACCAAUGUGGCUGCCCAUCUGAAACUAUACUAGUAACAGUUGCACUGAUUGCCACACAUGCUUGUCCCAGGCCCAAAUCUAAACAAUCAAUAUUAAUUUAUAAAUAUUUCACUCUUAUUGUAAGGAGGAGCUUGAAAGUGUGUGCGUGUGUGUGUGUGUGUGCACGCGCUGGGCCCUGGAAAGGAACUGUCCAACACACAGUCCCUGCUCUCUUGAACAGUUUCCCCUACUUCCUACCUGGUUCUUCAUGCAUAUACAACUCUCAGAAAGUAUUCUGAGGGUGACUGAGAGCGGUCUCAGUCAUAGGAUUUUUGCCAUUUGCCUGGUUGUGGAGGGGUGUUUUGGAAACAGGUCAAGGAGAGUGGUUUAGACGAGUCAUUGGAGCUCUAGGAUCUGCAAGUGCAAACUCAGAGGUAUUUUUAAAGAGGUGACAAAACUAUUGCUUGGUUGUGUACAAUCAUGGGAGUUAUACCGGGGAUGUAAUGUUAUUGAA